AAAAUAGAAAAUUAAUGUCGUAAAAGUCUUGUUGUCCAUAGCAACGCUUACACUAAAAUGGCGUCCACGGUGGAAGUAGAGCAGUUUUACAUAGAAAGUAUCCUUUUUUAAAAAUAAAUUACAGAAUUUAUAAAACUUGAAAAGAAAUGUUUAUUUUUGUAAUCUAUAGCACUAAUUACUUGAUGAAUCAAAAAUUUUAAAAUAUAUUUACCAUCCAUACAUAAAUUAUAUGUCUCUGCAUAUGUCUAAUUAAUUUAAUACUAUUCUGGUAAAUUAGUAAAUACUAAUUAACAAUAAUAACAAUACUUAAAUAAAUAAUAAUAAUUACUAGCUAUUAAUUAAGUUUUAGUUUAGUAUUUUAGGAGGGCCUGGCCUACGCUAGAAAUCAGAAUUAUUUUAGGAACUUAUUUAAACUUAUUACUAUAACUAUUUGCCAAUACAAUAUUGAAAGUAAAAUUAAAAUUAAAGUAUUUAAAUGCUUAAAAUCAUAAAAGGAUAAGUGUAAGUAAGUGAUAGUAUAUAAUGAAUAAUGUGUUAAUAAUAUAGGCAUGUGCACUAAGAUUAAAAAUUUAAAGCUAGUCAGUAAAAGGAGAUAUAUAUAGAUAAAUAUUUUUAAAUAAGGUAAUUUAUUAUUAAAUUUAUUAUGCUACUUUUAUGACAGGCAAAUUACAUAGUAUAGUAUAGACAUUAUAUUUUGAUAAAUUCAAUUACAAUGCAAUUGCAAAUCUGUUAUUUCUUUAAAAAUGUUUUAGAGGAGGAAGUAGCUUUUGAUUCAGAUGAUGAGUUCAAAUAUGAAGAGGUUCCAGUUGAUGAGGAAAUUAGCACCCCUGGUAAAUAUAAUCUUCAUGACAUGUCAAUUUGUUAAAAAUUCUUCCUUCAUUUUUUUUACAAUCAGUAAAAAUUAGAGUUAUGCUAGAUUAAAGGUUAUGCUUUAUAAAAACCUCUCUUUAUAAUAAACUACGCUAUUUAAAGACCAAUCUGUAUCAAAGCAACCAUAUCUUCUUAACAACUUAUCAUUACUUAUAGGCAUUAAUAGUUAAAAAAAUUAAUUAACAUUUGAAUUUGGAUAAAGAAAAAUGGGGCUAUCUAUAAUCUAUAAGCCUAAAUUUUACCACAUUAUUUUGUUUUUGUUUUUUUUAAAUACAAAAUUUAGAUAUUCUCAUAACAUAUUGUCACAAAUUCACCCCCCCCCCCACCCCCCAUCCCCAUUAACAACAUAAUUUGUGAAUGGCCCGUUCAUUGAAAUUGUUUAAUUUAAUGUCCUAAUUAAGCUUCUAGAACUCUGUAAAGUGUUGCAGUUUAUAAAAUAAUGGAUGUAGUAGAAAAGAUAAAUGAAAUUGAAAAUAACUAAGAUAAUGAAUAUUAGUUGCUUGUUAACUAAGGAUAUAAAUAAUUGCUUUCUUGUUUUUUCUCAUAGAACUUGAAGAAGAUUUGGAUGCAGCUGUUCGCACUAUUCGGGAAGCUAAGGAAGAUGCCAUUGCAAUGGUAGUUUGAGACUUUUACCAUUUCAUUUGAAAACUAAGUCAUAUAUAUAUUUUAAAGAAAUAAUCAAUCAAUCAAUAGUCAUACAUGUCAUCCUGUUGGGAUCAAAAACUGUACAACAUUUUUUUUUUAAAAAGCACUGUACAACAGCAUUUUAAAAAAUCAUACAGAAAAAAGAAUGAACAUUAAAAAAAAGUUUAAUUCAUAACUUUUUCAUCAUUUAUUCAUCAAUGUUUUUGAAUGCAUGCAAACUUACCUUUUUAAUGGAUCUACUUUUCAUGAAUAAUCUCCCCUUCACUGUGUGCACAUUUUAGCAUGUUUACAUAAUAAUAUGGAUGGACUGCAUUUUUAAAUAAAAAAUAGCUUAUUUUAAUUCUGAUUUUCAUCAGUCAUCAGGUAUUGAGUUUUAUACACUGCUCAAUAGCAUUUUUAUAAAAAAUUGAAUUAUAUGAUGAAUUUGAGAGCAAUAGGUUAAUUAUUCUCGCUGCAGACUACAGCAUAGUAAUAUGUUUUUAAAUUAAUGAAUGGAAAUAGGAUAAAUUUUAUGAUUUUCUCUGUCUUGUCAAAGUUAUUAAGUUUACUGUCAAUUUAUAGCCUUAUUUUUCACUGCACGAGGGCAUAAGUAUUUUUUAUUUUACCAUAGAGAUUAUUGGGAUCUAAAGUUUUAAUUAGAAGUUAUAAUAAUAAUUUCACAAACUGAUUUGUAACCAUGGUUUACUACUCAAAGUAGUUACUACCAAACUCCUCUACAGUACAGCCAUACAACUUGAACUAUGUUUAAAAUGUAUAAAGAAUGAAUAGUCUAUGCACUCUUGUUUUUAUAACUAUGUACAUUAAAAAUUUAUCAUCCUUUCCUUUUUGGCUCUAAAUACAAGUUAUAGAGAAAAUAUGAGUGUAUGGAGGACACAAUAAUUAGAAUUUGAAACAAAGAUGAAAGUUUAGUUAAUGCUUUUAAAGAGGAAAGAGAAAGAUUUAUAAUAACUGAAACGCUGUGUUUAAAAAAAAAAAGAAAUAAUAUUUUAUGAGAUUUACAUAUAUCACAAACUGUUAGCCUUAAACAAAAGUAGGCAAAAAUGCUGAGACAGUACAGUAAACCACAAUUCUUACUUAUAAGGAAUGUUUUUGAUACCUUUACAUUUCUAUAAAAAGAAAUUUUGAACAAGUGCUUGAAAUGUUGUCCUUAAAAUUGAUUCAUAAUUUUAAGAAUGAAAAAAUGAUAAUUUUAAAAAUAAUUUCAUAAUUUUUUUCUUUUCCAUUGCAUAGUGGCGGAGUUUGAUAAAAACAUUUUAGGAUUUUAAUAAAUCAUUUAAUGUCUAACUAUAUACCAGGUAGUUGUUAACUGAUUAUUUUCCAGAUUGAAAAAUCCGCUGUGGCCGAAUUAAAUCUAGGUCACGUUUACUACAAUACAAGCUUUGGCGCUACCAGCUCGUGGCCACAAUGAAAAAAAAACCCCAGACGCUCCCACCGGCUCAUGGUGGUUAACCAGUUAAUCCAGAAUUGAAUUAUAAUUUUUAUUAUCUUAACAGGCACCAGGACAGUCCAUCCCCAAACCAGCAGUGUUUACAAAACCUGAAGUUGUGGAUGAUUUUGUACGAAACUUCCUCAUUCAUAUGGGCAUGUGGCGUACACUAGACUCUUUGCAAACAGAGUGGUAAAGUUUCCUUAACUCUUUGCUUCAUAGAUUAUAAUUUAUCCAUCAAAAUUAUUUUGCAUUAUCAGCCUAAGUCUACAUUUAAUGUUAUUGAAGUAUUAGAUGUUAAGUGCCCUUUGUUAUCUUUCAUAAUUUUUGUGUUUGACAGGUAUGAGCUACAGGAAAGAGGCAUCUUAAAAUACACUGAUGUUGGUGAUGUCCCUGAUGUUUACACCAGAAACCAGCAGCUAGAAAAUGAUAUAGAGUUUCUUCAACAAGAAGUUACCAAGUAUAAAAAUGCAGCACUGUAAGUUUGAUUUAAACUGAGAUUAUUAUUGUGUGAUUAUAAGGAAAAUAUAUUGUGGAGCGAUUGAGCCCAUUCACUAUUUCAAACAUUGGAUAUAUCUGUGGUACUUUAUAAUAAUUAUGGAUCUGAAAAGUAUGGGUUAGAGAUAACAAAUAAAGCUAAGUUUUAUUAUUAAUGAUAAUUGGUUUGCUAUUCAGAGAUAACAUGCUAAAUUAACUCUCUAUCCAAGUAUAAUAAUUUUGUCCAAAAAUAAUAGGCCUUUUUGAAUGUCAGCAUAACAAUUGAUUAUGGUUUAAAAUACUUCUCAUCACCAGAAAGGCAAAAGAUUUGUAUGUAAAACUGAGGAAAGAGAGAGACUUUCAUAGAAUGCACCAUAAACGUAUUGUUCAGGAAAAGAACAAGCUGAUUGAUGACAUCAAAAGGUUUGAGUCUAGGGCUAUAUUAUCAUAAUCUUACACGACCAUACCAUAAUAAAUAAAUGAGUGUAUCAUAACCAUUUAUAACAAGACCAUAAGUUUGUAAUGAUCUAUGCUAAAAAUAAAAGAAUAAAUUAUUUUUGAUCAUUGGUCAGGACCAUAAUUUCAUGUUAGUAAAUUGUUAAAAAAUUUUAUUCUAAAAUUGAAAUUGUAAAUAUAUGUUGAACAUCAUUGAUUUUUUUAAAAGUUUAUUUUGCUAAAUAAAUUAAAUUAAUAUCAUAAGAUUAUAAGCUAGUUUCUUAUAGCUCCAUUGAUAUUUUUUUUUACCAUGAUCUUUUGCAAAGAUUGAAACGUCACUAUACACAGUAUCCGCAGCAAUUGGAUGCUCUAAAAGUUCGUUAUGAGGCUGCCAUGAAAGAGAAAAUGUUAGCCAACCUGGAAAGGGAUCGUGCUCAUGGUCAGCUCAUCGGCCUUCAGUGCACACUCAAGGGGAUUGAGAAUUUCCAGGGUACAUAUACCCCCUCCCCAUGUAAAGUAGAGAGGACCUAAUAGUAUUUUGAUAUAAAUUUAAUUAUUUAACGAAUGAAAAAUCUCAUGAACAGUACUGAACGCAUCAACAGAAAUCACUCAUUAAGUUAAUUGUAAAAUUCUCAGAAUUGUAAAAUUCUAGGAUAAUAAAGAAUCUAGGGAUUCUUGAAAUACCCUACUAUUUUUAACAAUUAAAAAAACAAACUUUUUAAUUCAGGAUCCUAAGAAGGAAGAUUCUUGGAGAAUAAUUUUUUUUUAUUAAAGCUAUUUAAUGGUAAACUUAUUUGCCUUAGAAAUAAAAAUUAAUUAAAAAUCUGUGUCCAUUUUUCACAGGCAUUACCGACAAAAAGCCAGAGGAAAAGAAAGCCAGUAAAGGACCAACACAUAAACAAUUGCUACUUGAGAGACAGAAGCGAGCAUUAGGAGCUGAAGGAGAUAUUGCGAACCAAGCCCCAGGGUUCAAGAGAUUUGUCAAUGUAGGUUUAGCACAAUGUUGGGGUUGUCCCGAUUUGUUGCAAAGUGGUUAGCUAAUUAUUGAAGAAUAUGAGCAUAGAUGCAAAUUUAUAAUUUUAAUGCAGUUUGAUCAUUAAAUCUGUAGCUCACAUCCUUGAAUGAAGUGAUUCAGUUGAUUAAAGCAGCCCAAAAAAUGUCAACUAAAAGGGAAACAGGAUCUUACAAAAAAUAUUUCACCAUAAGUCAGCUCUUUAUAACAUUGAAAAUUGAUUUACAAAAUUCAGUGCCUGAUUAAUUUUUAAAAAAACUUUAUUUCCUUGAAAAACAAAUGAUUAAGGUUCUAAAAUUCUCCCUCUUUUGCCUAAUUGAAACCACCACAAUUUGUUUUCAGGACUCUGAAUUUCCAGUAGACAAUGGAGUUAACCCUCAAAUUAACCUGGCAAGGGGUGCUCUUGGUCCUAUUGCUAAAGCUGGUGGAUUCAGAUUGUCUGGCUCAUUCAAUGCACACACCCAUGCUGUCAGUGGGUUAGUCAAAAUCAUUUUCCAAAUGUUCUUUUUCCCACAAGAAAGUAUCAAAAUAUAUUUAGUUUGUUGCAGGAAAAGAAAAGCAAACUGGGACAAAUCUUAAUAAUUCAUUUCUUUGACUUUGAACAUGCACUUGCAUUUUUCACAUCAAAACAAAAGCAAGCUACAAAGAAGUAAAAUAUGAAAUGUUUUUAUUAAUGAAAGACAUAUAGUUUUUAGUAUCCUAUCUCUCUCAAACAUCUUCUUAUUCAGGAAAAAUAAAUGUUAGAAGAAAUUUUCCGGUAAGCAAUAAUGAAGGAAGAUGUACAUUAUUUUAAAAAAAAAUAUUUAUGAGGUUAUUGAAGUGUCAGUCCAAAAAAAAAAAAAAAACCCAUCUAUUUAAAAAAUAAAAAUAAAUGUUAGAAAAAAUUUUCCGGUAAGCAAUAAUGAAGGAAAAUGUACAUUAUUUUAAAAAAAAAUAUUUAUGAGGUUAUUGAAGUGUCAGUCCAAAAAAAAAAAAAAAACCCAUCUCUUUAGACAACUAAAAUAACUAAAAUAUUCCUAUAAAAGAAAACUGACAAGUUUUUUCAAUUUCCCCAAAAUUAAAAUGAAUCUUGACAGCAGAAACAUAUAUUUGUGUGAUUUACAUUUUCUUAGCGGGACUCUGACUCUGAGUUUCCAAAGUCAUGCCAAAUUUCCUGCCCAUGAGUUGGGAAUAUCUGGGUGUGUAGUAGUUGGUUUAAUAAUCUGCUAAUUAAAUUUGUUCAAAAUUUUUAUUCUUCAAAACUUUUCUUUUGUUACAAAAGAUAAAACAUAGGCAUGUUGCCCCUUAGGGUGUAAGCAAAACGUAACUGUUUUGUUCUGAGCUCAGAUUUGAGAGUUUAUUAAGUAGUGUAUAUUUAAUAAUUUAAAUGUGAUUUAAAAAUUUGAAAGCAGCAAAGAAAAAUUAAUUAAAAAGAAAAACUGAUUAUAACUCUCAGGGUUUUAUUUUAAACAUGCCCAAGAAACAUAUUAUGUUCUUCCUGCUAGAUAAGUUUUAACAGAUAAGUGUUUUUAUUUUAUUUUAAAUAUUUGACCUUUCCUGGUGUGUAAUUGUGGACUUAAAACAAUUAGAAAAUGUUGAUUUUAAAUUGUUUACUCUAAAUUAAAACUUUUGUAAGGUAGAGCUGAGUAGAUACAACACUUGUAGAUAAUUAGAAGCUUAUUAAAAUAAGAAUCAACAUUUUAUCAGUGUAUGGUGAGAUAUGACCUAUUAAUAUUAGUGCGUUUAAAAAAAAAAAUUAAACAGUGAAAGUAAGUCAUAUUUCUUUAUCAGUGUGUUAUUGCUUUGCUUAUAGGGUUACAUGGGUUUAGAUGUUCAAAAUUAAAAAAACAAUCAUUUUAUCAAUGUCCUGAGAUUUUUAUUUUUAGAACAAGUAAAAACUGUGUGUAUGUCGAAAUUUAAAAAAAAACGACAACAAAGAAACAUAACUUUUGAUUAUUAGCCUGUUAAAUGAUUAUUUCAUCAACACUUAGCAAGGAAUGGCCAGCAACACAUGCUGAAUGAUAAUAUGAUGAUAAUUAUUUACUUAAUAAAAAGAAGACUGAACAUUUUUUUUUUUUUUUGGUUCUGGUAUGUAUCAACCAGUCUUCCAAAAUGUUUUCUCAAAAAACAAAGAUUUCAUAAAUCACCCAUUUGGCCCUAUCAUUUUUCGGUCUUCUUUUUCAAAUCUUUCAGCAUAAUUAUUUAAAUUUUUAUUUAAACUGUAUAACUUUUUGCAAUACAUAACAUUUUAAUGAAUAUAAAAUAAAUACAUUUUAUUUAUAGAGUAUUAUAUGUAAUUAUACUGUACAUAGUAUUAUUUUUAAAUUAAACAUUUUAGUUUUAUAAAUACAGUAGAACCCGGUUAUGUCGACGGCCUCGAGUUUGCCAAAAAGUGUCAAGACAACCGAUGAUCGAGAUAAACAAAAACCAAUUUGGCGGCAAUAUAUUAACAUGUGCUUGAAAUUUCUUUAUGUACAUGAUGUGCGUUUAUAAAUGAGAUGUACAUGCACGUGUUUUUGGAUUUUUUUUUUUUUACACAACAGCAUUUCCGCAGUUUGUUUGAUAUAGCCAUCAGCAUGCUAUAAAAAUGUAUAUACAUGUUUUCUAACAACACAAGGCAUACGUGGGGUGCCACUUUUUUAGAUUAUCCUGGAAUUCCGGAUUCGUGAGGCAAAAUAUUUUUCAGCUCCAGAAUUGCAAGUUUUUAUUUUCUCUUAUUCUGGAUUCGCCAGUUCAGUUUAUUCAAAUAUGGAUUCUGGGCUAAAAAAACAAUCAACCUGUAAGAACGCGUGAAAGCCUAUAUUUAACGCAAGCGGGUUUGCUAUAAAUAGGACAGAUACUGCGACCUCUCUCUUUUGCUUGCAAGCCUCUCGCUCCUCAUUUCUUGCUGUGUGAAGUUAAUUGCUGUGUGAAGUUAAUUACUACAGUUUGAAGUAGGCACAUUUCUGUUGUAUAUAAUUUUCAAAAGCCGGUGAUUUGUCAUGGGGAUCGAGAUUAUCGAAGUUAAGUGGCAAAUUUGGCCACUUUUUGUGCUCGAGAUAUCAGGGUUCGGUGACAUAAAAGAAUCGACUUAACCGAGGAGACAAUGCUAAGACAAGAAGAGAAUUUGGCAAUUCCACUUCAAAAACGUUGACAUAACAGGGUUGGCGAGUUAACCGAGAUGGAGAUAAGCGGGUUCGACUGUAUUAGAAAAAUCCUCUGAAAGUGUUUUUUAAAACAUUGUCAAAAAAUGUUUGCAAAUAUUUUAUAUGAAAAUAUCAAUUUGAAUAAAUUUCAGAAAUACAGGUAAUUUAUUACUAUUAUUUUUAUCUUUUCUAAUCCUUCAGUAGCACUUGAGCUGAAAGCUAGCAAAAAUUCAGUACCAUCUGAUGGUAUUAUAUCUUAAUAAUAAUUUGUUUAAUUUUAACAUUUUAUCUCUUCAGAUUGUCUCUUCACCCGAGAAAACAAAUCCUGGCCACUGCAAGUGAUGACCAGACUUGGAAGAUAUGGGCCAUACCUAGUGGGGAAAUAAUUAUGACAGGAGAGGGUCACACUGAUUGGGUGUCUGACUGUGACUUCCAUCCAAUGUAGGCUUAAUUUUCUUAAGUCUUGUGUUUUACUCAAUAACUUGAUAACCAUAUUAAAAACAAACUUAAUCUACAUGCAAUGUUGGCCUUGAUCAAUAUCUAGAUAUUAUUUCCCCCAAACUUGAGUCAAAAAUUAAUUGCAAUAAUUUCUGAUGAAAUUAGAUUCAGUGAGUUUCUCAAUCUAUUUUUAUCAUUAAGGGGAAUAAAACUGCUUUAACUGAUACUAGAGUAAAUUUCAAUAUCAAAAAAUGUUAUUUAAAAAAGUUUUUACUUUCUAAAGAAUGCAAUAUCCAAAAUGUUAGAGUAAGCAAUGGAUAUUUUUCAGAAAGAAAUUCAGCGCUCACUUCCUUAUGCUGGGCGCUUUCAAUUAUUCUACUGUAAGUUAUUGCCCUGAAUAUCUUAAUGAUUAUUUGGCCCUCAUGCGAGAACUCCUCACUUUCAAAUUUUGACAGCUAGGUUCUAUUUAAGGGAAUGUAUUAUUUCUGUUUCAAAUAAUUAUUAUUUAAAUCCAGUGGAUCCAGUCUUGCAACAACAAGUGGAGACACCACUGUGAAAAUCUGGGACUUUUCAAAGGCUGCCUGUGUGCACACCUUCACUGAUCAUUCUGCAGCUGGUAAAACCUAUUUCCCGUCGUCACCACACACAUUAUUUAGUUACAUAGUAUUUCAAUUUUAUAGUAUUUUAUUUGAAGUAAUCUUGUUGAAGUUAACAAUAUCCAGUAAAAAAUAUUACAUCUAUUUUCUAAAUUAGACGAGCUACAGCUGUGUGAAUGUUUAAAAUUGAAAAUGAAUCAAACACUGAAUAUGAUUUGACUUUGUUGAGAAUAUCUGUUUGAUUUAUUAACAUUACUGUAAAUUUAAAAAAAAUUUUUGCACUAUCAGUAAGCAGAUUUUUUUUUUCUUAAAGACAUCACUUUAUAUGACAUCAAAAUUAUUUUCACAGUGUGGAGCUGUUCAUGGCAUAAUUGUGGGGAUUUCCUGGCCACCAGCUCAAUGGACAACAGUGCAAAAGUUUUUGAUCUUAACAGGUGCCAACAACAUUUCUAGACAUUAAAGGGGAUUAAAUGAUUGUAGUCUUUGCUCAGAUUAACUAUGUCUUUAUUGCCUUAGCCCAACAGGCUGUUUCAGGAAACAUAUGACUUAUGUGGUAUUUGUAUUCAUUUACUUGCUUCCCAUCAAACAAAAAUAAGGGUUUGAGAGUUUAUUUUUUCAGGAUCAGGCAUGUGUAUCACAUUAAACCAGUUGAAUGAGUUUUCUUAAAAGAGAAAAAUAAAAAGCUUUAACUUAAACCAAUUUAAAAAAUGCAACACAUAUAUCUGAAAUAAAAAAAACAAUAACACAACCUUAAGCUAACCUCUGUCUACAUUUAUCAUUUUUGUAUAAGUUCAUAUAAAAUGCCAAGUCUCAGUGCAUUAACAUUUUUUAUAGAACAUACUGUGUAAUAAACAAUUAAAUUAAUUAAUUCAUGAAAGCACACAGUGUGUGAGAUACCCUGGCCCUAUUCAUGUGGGCUCAGUAAAUAAAAAAAAAUUUGUUUACUUGUACUUUUUCAGUCUUCGAUGCCGUCACACUUUGAGGGGUCAUACAGACUCUGUAAACACCGUCCAGUUCUUUCCUUACAGCAACACCCUACUGACCAGCUCAGCAGAUAAAACUGUUUCACUUUGGGAUGGUAGGACUGUAAGUUGGCAAUUUUAAAUCUGGUUACAAAAAAUGUAUCCUUUUGCUGUCAUUUGCUAAUAUGUUUGCUAGAUUGGUUAAUUUCCAGUAUUAUAGUAUUUAUAGUUCAAUGUAAGAUUUGAGUCAAACAGUUAUUUUGUUAGACAGAAGCUGUCGGUUGUUUAAAUGUGCACAUAUUCAAUUCUACUUCUUUUUUAAAAUAAAGUUUUCAUCUAAUAAACUACUGUGCCACAAAACAAAAUAUUUGAAUAAUUGUUUUUUGGUUGUUAAAUACCAUGAUUUUUUUGUUCACUUUUUAGAACUUUUAAGAAUUGUAAUGAAUUCACUAAUUCGGUGUCAAAAUUUGAAAGAACAAUUUUCAUUUUAGUCAGCGUAAUCCCUUUUAUGAGGUGAAAGAAAAAUAUUUUGCCCUCAAGUAUACCAAAAAGAAAUGAGUUAUCCUUUGUUUUCCUUGCAGGGAUUGUGUGCCCAAACAUUUUACGGUCAUAUGCAUUCAGUCAACCAUGCCACCUUCAAUCUACGUGUAAGUUUAUAUAUUAUUAGUGUCUCAUUUAUAUCCGUACUGCUCAAUGAGAACUGGAACAACACCAAGUAGGUCAUCCUCUGCACAACAGUUAUCCUCGGCCUUAAAAAAGUUAUUGAAAAUAUUAAUUGAGAAAAAAGAUAAUUUUAUAUUUAUCCAAGAAUCCAAUAUUUCAUUUUUUCAAACUUUAUGCUUUUUUCUUUAAGAUAAGAUAAGAUAAGAUUCUUUUAUUGAUCCAAACAAAUGGAAAUACUUUUUUGAUUGCAUUGUACAUUUUCAGCACAUAAAUAAAACAAUUUAAACACGAGACAUCCACGUUAAAUUAUUUCACUAGUGAAAAAAUAACAGCAAUUCAGUGAAUUCUCUAAGCCAUAUCAGGGACUUAUUAGUUCUCAAUAAGAUUUCUGACUUCAGGGUGCUGAAUUUUAAGUUAUUUAUUCCCCAAAUUAAAAAGCUAAUUAAAACAUGCAGCUAUUCUAUUUUUACUUUAAGCCUAAAAUUAAGCACUUUCAUUUUUUGCAAUUUGCUUUACUUCAUAGAUUAAACUUUAUUACAUAGAGUUUGGCCAUAGACUUGUAUAUGGCGGCCAUGAAUUACAUGGGACUUGCAUGUUUUAUUAAUUAAUGUGAUUUGUUUCAUGAAAAAUUGUAUCAUACACCAGGGUUCCACCAUUGCUUCCUGUGACGCUUAUGGUGUGGUGAAAUUAUGGGAUGUUCGCAGUGUAGCUCCAAUAGCCAGUUUUGAUGUUGGCCCUCAAGCUGCAAACAAACUGGCCUUUGACCCAUCCAACACAGUAAUUGCUGUGGCUAGUAGUGACAGCACUAUCAAGAUAUACGAGCUUGCCACUGGGCUGGUAAGUGGAGGUUUUAUGAACUUAUCAUGUUGUUGAUCGAAAUGGUAAAUGUUGAUAAGCUAAGUCAAAUAAGUUUACAUUUUUAAUUUUUAAAUUGUAGCUACAGUCUUUUGCUGAAAUCUAUUAAGAUGGUGAUAAAUAGAGCUGGUUCAUAAAUAACAAUUAUAAUUCAUUGCAAAGGAAUAUUUUGAAAGUACUUUUAUUUGACUCAAGCUAUUAAUUAAAUAGCUAUAAUUCUGUCUUCCUCAUGUGGUUUGUUUUUUUUAUCCUUCAACAGAUCACAGCUGUGGCCGGCCAUGAAGAUGCUGUCCAAUGUAUAUACUUUGAUCCUUCAGGAGAAUUCAUGGUAUCAGGGGGCAGUGACAACUUUGUUCGCAUUUGGUCUUAGACAUCUCAAUAGUAUUUUAAAACAUCACUUUGAGAUUUAAAAAAAAAAAAGAACCAGUAAAAGAUGAUGAAACCAAAAGUAUUAUAAUAAAUUAUAUUAUAUUACUUUAAAAUGCUAUUUUUAAAUCAGACUUGUUGGCAAAAAAUGUACAUUUUUAACCAUACUACCAUUUGAGAAAUUGGCUUACAAUGUGACUAUAAAACUCGGCUAAUCUGACCUAAUUUGGUCUUGUUCUCACAACUUAUUGAACAUUUUUGCUAGUUCUAUAAUGCCAAGACAUACCUUCAUUUUAAAAUGAUUGGUUUCUCCAAAUUUGUUUGUGAAAUGUAUGUAAAUAUAAUUAUAUACAUAGCGCACUUAAGAAUGUUUUUUACUCUACAUGUUCUUUUUGUUUUUUCAAUUUUAUUUAAAAAAUUAUAAAUAUUUGAUAUACCAGUAUACAAUAAGCUGGGGUAAAUAGAUGAUUUUUAAUUUUAACAAUAUGAAAUAUGCUUUUUUUUCAUGACUGGAGGUAAUUCUUUUCUUGACUACGAUUCGGUUUGAACGAAAAUGAUAAAAUAUGUUAAGUUUAUUAAGAGCUCUGAAAAUAUUUAAAUUUUGUUGAAAUAAAAGCUUCUAGUACAACAUCUUGUGUAUUAAUUAAACAAAAAUAACUUUACCUUGAUACAAGGUUCCGAUCCCUCAAUUUAUUGUUUGCAUGUGCCUGAUUGAUAUCUGAAUUUUAGUUUGCACAUGACUUGAGUAAGGUCUUAAUCCAUGUGCCGAAAGGUCUACAUGACUCUAUACGUUACUGAGUUAGGAUCCGAUCUAUUACUUAAUUUGUGAAUUACAUGUAAAAUGAGUUAGACACUUGAUUUUAAAAUUACACAUUUUAAUUUUUUCUGCAGACAUAUCUCUUAUAUAUAUAUUAAGCUUCUGGUGUGACUGGUGGACUGCUGCUGAUCAGCAAAUUUUUUAUCGAGAGAAUACUACAAAUAAUUCUAAAUGAGUAAAGGUUUGAAAGAGAGUAUAAAGUUCAAUAAUGAGUUCAGUAGCUCGUAAAAUAUAAUUCCUGAUAACUAUGCUAAAUUAAAUUAUAGAUUUUUUUUAUAUAAUGCAACUUUGUUUGGU